GCAAAAAGGAAAUGAAAGAAAGAUUCUGUUACUUCUAGAGUGCAAACUAAUUUAACACUAUUUUAAACAGCUAAGAGAUUUAAUUCAUUCCAGAGAUUUUUGGAAACGGUAUUUUAGAAAAUGACACAGUUUACAAGGUGAAGACAGAGCAAUACUGGAUAGACAAUGAAAGAACCAUAGUGCUGCUCCACGCAAGAAUACGAAAUCCGGAUUUUUGCUCCAGCCUAUGAUUUCAUCUUCAUAUUACUAUAAAACCGAACACUUGAAGCUGAAGAUUUACAACCUCUGGAACCUGGAAAUAAAGUCUUCACUGCAAUGUCCAGAAGAAUUGUGUUUCUGUGUAUACACGCUGCAAUCCUCAUAUCUGCCAUAGUUUCCUCUCAGGAAUGCAUCAAGUCAAAAGUUAAUAAUUGCCAAGAAUGUAUACAGUCUGGUCCAGAAUGUGCAUGGUGUCAACAGCGUAAUUUCACCAAUGCCGGAGAGCCAGAUUCAACUCGUUGUGAUACCGUGAGUGUGCUGAGACAACGAGGCUGCAAAGAUGGUGACAUCAUCAAUCCCACAAGCAUUUCCUCUUCUAUUAACAACCCAGUUCUGGAUAUUGACAAUCAGCUGACACCCAGAGGCAUUUCCCUCCAGCUGAGACCAGGCAAACCUGCUUCCUUUGACAUAAAGUUCAGACGGGCAGAGGGUUAUCCAGUAGACCUUUACUACUUGAUGGACCUGUCUUACUCUAUGGAAGAUGAUCUUCAGAAUGUGAAGAAAUUGGGGAGUGAACUCCUUAAAGCCUUGAACAACAUCACCAAGUCAGCACAGAUAGGAUUUGGCUCUUUUGUGGAUAAAACCGUGCUUCCUUUUGUGAACACCCACCCAGAGAAACUGAAGAGACCAUGUCCCACUAAAAAUGUUAACUGUCAGCCACCAUUCUCAUUCAAACAUAUCCUUAAACUGACAGCAGAUGGGAAUGAGUUUCAAAAACAAGUUGGGCAGCAAGAAAUCUCUGGGAAUCUUGACUCCCCUGAGGGAGGUUUGGAUGCAAUGAUGCAGGUGGCAGUUUGUGGGGAUAAGAUUGGCUGGAGGAAUGUAACUAGACUUUUGGUUUAUGCCACGGAUGAUGGAUUUCAUAUUGCUGGAGAUGGAAAACUAGCAGCAAUUCUGCGUCCCAAUGAUGGUCAGUGUCAUCUGGAAGGCAAUUUGUACAAGAGGAGCAAUGAAUUUGAUUAUCCAUCAGUUGCGCACUUGGCUCAAAAACUCGCAGAUAAUAACGUACAGGUUGUAUUCGCUGUCACAUCCAACAUGGUUAAAACAUAUCAGGGACUAAGCAAACUAAUUCCCAAAUCUGUGGUUGGGGAACUAUCAGGAAAUUCAAGUAACGUUGUCCAGCUGAUUACAGAAGCAUAUCAGAACUUAUCUUCAGAAGUUAUUCUGGACCAUGGGACCACUCCAGACUUUCUGGACAUUGUGUAUGAUUCCUUCUGUUCUGAUGGACAGAAUAAACAAGAUCAGACUGUUGGAAAAUGCAGCAAUGUGAAGAUUAAUGAAGAGAUCAACUUUACAGUAAAAGUGACCGCCAGCAGGUGCCUCCCAGACCAGAGCUUUGUGAUACGCCCUUUAGGUUUUACAGACAUGCUCACUGUUAGUGUGAGAACCCUUUGUGAUUGCAGAUGUGCCGACACCAGUCAACCUGGAGACUGCAACUCAAGUGGAAAGAUUACAUGCGGCAUUUGCCAGUGUGAAAAAGACUUUGUGGGUAAGAACUGUGAUUGCAAGUUACAAGGGAAGACAAGCUUGGAUCUGAAACAGAACUGCAGGAAUGGAAAUGGCUCUGUUAUCUGCUCUGGGGCUGGGGACUGCAUAUGUGGCCAGUGUGUCUGUCACAUUAAUGAAGACCCUACUAAAGUUAUUGAUGGCCCUUUUUGUGAAUGUGAUAACUGGAGCUGUGAGCUGUUUAAUAACACGCUUUGCGGAGGGCAGGGGACCUGUAAAUGUGGAAAGUGCAUUUGUAAUAAGGAUUUUGAAGGUGAUGGAUGUCAGUGCAAAAAAUCCAACUCUGGCUGUCUGAAUGAGAGGAAAAGCCUGUGCAGUGGAAGAGGCACAUGUGAGUGUAGCACUUGCAAGUGCAAACCAGGAUAUUUAGUCCCAUUCUGUGAAUACUGCCCUGGCUGUACACCCCCCUGUGACAAGUUUGGGCCAUGCAUUGAAUGUUUAAUCACCAACGAUGAAAAGGACUCCAGGAUCUGCUCAGACCUGUGUCCUGGUGUUACUGCUGUUAAGGUGGAAAGGCUGUAUGAGGAAACAGGUUGCAAACAGAAAGAUUCCAACAACUGCUUGAUGAACUAUGUGAUAAAAGAGAAGGAUGGGGAAGAGGAAUACAACAUUCGUUAUAUCCAAAAACCAGAAUGCCCUGAAGCACCAAAUGUCAUUGCGAUAGUAGGGGGAACCAUUGCUGGAGUAAUCCUUUCUGGAAUAAUUGCUCUCCUCAUUUGGAAAGGUGUGAUGGAAGCAAUAGAUCGAAAAGAAUACAAGAGAUUUGAGGAAGAACGAAUGAAAUCCAAAGGAAAAGAGGUUAACAAUCCCUUGUUCCAAGAUGCCACCACCACUGUUGCAAACCCCAUGUUUAAUGAAUGAAAAAUAAACUAAAAACUUCCAGCAACAACCAAGAAGAAACCCCAUUUUGUUAUUUCCAUUAUAUUUGUAUUGGGCUUUAGUUAUAUUCUUGACUUUCCCAAAAACAUAAGCUAAUUUUUUUCUGAAAACCAGCAGGAUCUUCAUGAGAUCACAUUUAUACACAAAUCUGAGGACAGUUAAAAAUGUACUGUAUGUGGGGCAUUUUAUUGCAGGACAAAAGAAAAAAUCCACAACAUUGAUUCAUUUAUUUAAAAUGCAGUUUUGUAUAAAUGGACAUUUUCUGAAAAGAAAAAAAAAAUCUUUUAAUCUCAUUGUGAAUAGAAGCCUGAGCAAACUGAAGUUGAACGUCAUGCACAUAAGAUAAAAGCUAGUUCAGGAGGUAUAAUUACAAUGCAUCUCAAAGCUCUGAUUUGCACAUUUACAUGAACCACUUCCUGUCAUGUGCUUCCUGUCAUUCUCAGCAACUUGUGCUCACUUUAAUGUUGCUAUAAAACCAUUGCUCUUUUAUAUAAUAACCCUAGUGAAAUUAAAAAUCCCUGUCUCUUUUUUUCUUACCACUUUCCUCAUUUGAGUGUAUCACUUUUCUCUAUAAACUCUGUUCUUCCUAGGACUGUCAAUGAAAGAUGACGCAGCCCUUUAAAAUAUACACCUCAUUUAAUCCUUUUUAUACACAAUGCAGUCCCUCAUUUAUAUGCAAAUGCUCUUUGCCCUCAAUCUCUCAGAAACUGCCAACAAAAACCACAUCAAGUGCCACCCAGUCCACUGCGCCUUGAAAUUUAUUGUCCAUUACCUCUUUAUUUAAGUCCAUUAAAGAUCUCAGAAAGUGAAAUAAGGUUUUCAAUCUAUUUCCCCUGAUGUAUUGUUAUUAUAGCCAAGGGGGCAUAUUUAAGAAGGUGCGAGCGGACAUGAUCCAAUAUUGUGGAUCAUGUCCGCCGCCCAUCGAUAAAUGCCGACAGUAUACGCUGUUGGCAUUUAUCAUUGCACCAGUAGUUCUGGUGAACUGCUGGUGCAACGCCGCCCCCUGCAGAUUCGCGGCCAAUCGGCCGCUAGCAGGGGGUGUAAACCCGAUCGUAUUGGAUCAGGUUGAUUUCCGGCGAUGUCUGUCCACCGCAUCAGAGCAGGAGGUCAGGUUAUGGAGCAGCGGUCUUUAGACCGCUGCUUCAUAACUUGUGUUUCUGGCGAGCCUGAAGGCUCGCCAGAAACACGGGGCAAGCUUGAUAAAUAGGCCCCUAUUUUUUUGGGGGUUUUUUAGAUUUUUUCCUCUUACCCAAUUAUACCACUUAUGCAGACAUUCCAAGUCUUCCUUACCUGCUUUCUAUUCCCCAAGGGAAUAUGUUAGCCCCUAUAAUCAAUAAUUAUUAGUGUUUGACUGAAGUUUAUUAAAGGAACACCUUGUUAUUACAAGACAUGUCUGUUGUGUUGCUAUAUAAUUACAUAUCAUCCAAGUCUUAUUGUUUUGAAAACAAUUAACAUUCUUUUUACUGUAAUUAUUUUCCAAUAGUCAAACUCCUCCCACCAUUUGCCUUAUUUGGAAGAGCCAAUCGGGGCGACAACAAGGCUAGUUACUGUUGUAAAGUUAGUAUAAAAUGAAUUUUUAUUUGCAGUUGUUAUCAGUUUAAUCCAAUUAGGGAAAUAUUUGUUGCAGGGUUAGCCUUGUGAUGUCAGUCUGGGGCAUUUAUUUCAAGGUCUGAGAAUUAGAAAUUGCUCAAUUUUUAUAGUUAAAUUACAUGAAAAAGGUGCAAAAAUAAAUAAUGAAAUAUAUUGCAAAGUGUUUUCAUUAUGCAAAAAUAUCAAUGUUUUUACUGUCCCUUUAACAAACUUCCAAAGCUAAUAAACAAUUUCUAAUCAAAGCUGUUGCCCAGCAGCAAACUGUGUCUAUCUCGGAUCCUAGACUCACUUUUCCAUCUACUCUCAAAGUAUGUCAUUUUUGGUACCACUUUGUCUCACCUAUUACCACCUGUUAUGUUAAAGCAGAACAAAAGCUUUAUUGCCUCAAUUGUUAAUCUAUACCUGGAAAAUAAUUAUCUAAUGUGGGUCCAGUAUCAUUCUACACUGAUAAGAGAAAAAUAUCCUUAUUCUUAUUUGUUCACCCCCAAGUAAACGUUAUAACAGAGUGCUUCCCAAACUUUGCCUGGCAGUUUUUUUCCAUCACUUACAGAUUCUAUCAAGUUACCAAUAUCAGAAUCCUUGGUCAGUAAUAGGGAUGGGUGAAUGUUUCUAAAAAUUUGAAAUUUAAAACAAAUUUUGAUACAUUUGUUCGUUCAAAUCGAAUUUCAAAUGUUUAUUUUGCAUUCUAACAUUUAUUUUUGAAUUUUCGCUUUCGAAUUUUUCAAUAACAUUCGAAAAUAUUUGUUGGAAUAAUAGAAUGUUUAGCUAUGUAUUUUAUAUCACAUUCAAUUUUGAAAUGUAAUAGUCGAAUUUGAAUGUCACAUUCGAAUUCAAAUGUCACAUUCAAAUUCGAAAUAGUAUUUCUAGUCUAAUACUGUGUUUUAUAAAUGUAAUUUUCGAAUUUGAAUGUCACAUUCGAAGUCAAAUGUCACAUUCAAAUUCGAAAUAGUAUUUCUAGUCUACAACUGUGUUGUAUAAAUGUAAUAUUUGAAUUUGAAUGUCACAUUCGAAUUUGAAUGUCACAUUCGAAUUCGGAAUAGUAUUUCUAGUCUAAUACUAUGUUUUUUAUAAAUGUAAUAUUUGAAUUUGAAUGUCACAUUUGAAAACUGUAAAUAACAUUUGAUAAUAUAAUUUUUUCGAAUUCGAAUUUCGAAUUCGGAAUAGUAUUUCUAGUCUAGUACUGUGUUUUAUAAAUGUAAUUUUCGAAUUUGAAUGUCACAUUCAAAUUCAAAUGUCACAUUCAAAUUCGAAAUAGUAUUUCUAGUCUAAUACUGUGUUGUAUAAAUUUAAUAUUUGAAUUCGAAUGUCACAUUCAAAUUUGAAUGUCACAUUCGAAUUCGGAAUAGUAUUUCUAGUCUAAUACAAUGUUUUUUAUAAAUGUAAUAUUUGAAUUUGAAUGUCACAUUUGAAAACUGUAAAUAACAUUCGAUAAUAGAAUUUUUCUGAAUAUUCAUUCUUAUCAACAUUCAAUUAUGUAAAUCGAAUUUCUACAAUAACAUUCAUUGUAAGAUUCGAAUUCUAAUAUAAACACAUUCGCCCAUCCCUAGUUAGUAAUUGUUCUAUCCAAGCCCUUUCAUGUUUAUACAAAAUUCUAUUCUAAAUAUUCUUUGGGGCAUAUUUAUCAAUGUGCCUAGCGGACAUGAUACAAAGUAGCGUAUCAUGUCUGCCGAACAUCGAUAAAUGCGGACAGCAUACGCUGUCUACAUUUAUCAUUGCACCAGCAGUUCUUGUGAACUGAUGUUGCAAUGUCGCCCCCUGCAGAUUCGCGGCCAAUCGGCCGCUAGCAGGGGGUGUCAAUCAACCCGAUCGUAUUCGAUCGGGUUAUUUUUUGUCUGAGGCCUCAGAGCAGGCGGACAAGUUAUGGAGCAGCGGUCUUGUUUGAUGCCCCUUGUUAAGACAUUGAUAAAUAUGCCCCUUUGUCUUAACCCCAGGUCCACACACCUACCACAUUAUCCCAUUUGACUUGCAAGGUUUUUUUUAUUGCGUGCAGCACAAGAAAAAUACUGAUCCACUUACGUCUGACUUAACUGUUGUAACCCCUUGAUUGACCUACCACCCUACAGAAUAGCCUGACCUCCCCCGUCAUUCACCAUAUUUUUGUUUUUGCCUGUAGGUUCCUACAAUAUUUGUUGUGGAUUAGGGACCAAGAAAAAAUAUCUUUAUGCUGACCAAGCUAUCACAGAGUAGAGUAAGGUAGCGUGAACGUCUGAAACCCGCAGGCCCACGAUUUCAGAGUUAAAUUACAGGCGCAGCAGGCAAAAUAAAAUACAUUGAAGCAUUUUAUGUGGAAUAAUAUACUGAAUGUAAUGCACUUUUAAACUGUAAGCUCUUGUAAGAGCAGGACAUUCAAAUCAUUUCAUAUGUGCAUUGGUGUUUUACAUUUGUAUUAUACACCCUAAAUUGUGCUUUGGAAUACUAAGGUAUUUUACAAAUAAAGAAAAUUAUAAUCCUCAAA